UCUUGCGUUGAGAUCAGAUGCAGAGCCCCGCGCAGGACGGACACAGUUUCAGCACCUCUUGUCUUGGUGGGAUGUAGACAAGUAGACCGAGAUGGAGUGAAGAGGAAAGAGCCUAUCGUUAAGGGCAGGAGCCAGCUGUGUGAUAUCUGUGAACACCAAAGGGGUAGAAGAAGGGGCUAGGGGCUGAAGGAACCAAGCCAGAAGUCUGAAAGAUUGAGGUCAAGGCUGUCCAUUGUUUUGCCUGCAGGACCAGUGAGAGAUUACGUUUUGAUGACGAGCUCUAUACCUUAAGGCAGGGGAAGCUAAGAAUCAAGUGCUGGCGAGAAGAAUGCAAGGAAAACACCCUUGGGACCUCUAAUGGAAUGGAAUAGUACAAUGGCUGCAUUGAGGAAAAACGACAACCCUCCUUUUCAACCAGAAUCCCACCGCUAGGCUGUAUUAAAGCAGUCGAGGGUAUUGAAUUAAUGUCAAGCGUCUCGUCUAGGCAGCAUCAUGCUGCACCGCUGGAAGUAGCUGGAGGACCACCCAUGGAGAUUCCGCCUUCUCAACGUUCUCAAUGCUCCUAACACACACCAAGUAAACAGAAAUGCCUUCAAAGGUCAGCUGCUUAUACUUGUUGACGGUCGUUUGCUGGGCUAGCGCUCUCUGGUACCUGAGUCUGUCCCGUCCCUCCACCACUUACGUGGGCCAGCUGUCCAUCCCCAUCCGCCAGAAGACCAAGCUCACCAAGAACGUGACCUUUAGCAAUAUACGGACUCGGCCGCUCAACCCGCACGCCUUCGACUUUGUCAUCAACGAGCCCAAGAAGUGUGAGACGGUGGCACCUUUCUUAGUCAUCCUGAUCAGCACCACCCACAAGGAGUUUGACGCACGUCAAGCGAUUCGAGAGACGUGGGGCGACGAGAGCACGUUCGGCGAUGGCGUUCGCGUCCUCACACUCUUCCUGCUUGGGAGGAACACGGACCCGGUGCUCAACCAGAUGGUGGAACAGGAGAGCCAGAUCUUCCACGAUGUCGUGGUGGAGGACUUCAUAGACUCCUACCACAACCUCACCCUCAAGACCCUGAUGGGCUUGCGCUGGGUGGCCACCUUCUGCUCCAAGGCACAGUACGUCCUCAAGACAGACUCGGACAUCUUCGUCAACAUGGAGAACCUGGUCUACAACCUCCUCAAGCCCACCUCCAAGCCGCGGAGACGCUACUUCACGGGCUACGUCAUCAACGGAGGUCCGAUCAGAGACAUGCGCAGUAAGUGGUACAUGCCCAGAGACCUUUACCCUGAGGCUAAGUACCCGCCUUUCUGCUCGGGCACUGGGUACGUGUUCUCGGCGGAUGUGGCCGAGCUCAUCUACAAGACGUCCCUGCACACCAGACUGCUCCACCUGGAGGAUGUGUACGUGGGGCUGUGCCUUCGCAAGCUGGGCAUCCACCCCUUCCAAAAUAGUGGCUUCAACCACUGGAAGAUGGCCUACAGUCUGUGCCGCUACAGACGGGUCGUAACGGUCCACCAGAUCUCCCCGGAGGAGAUGCACCGCAUCUGGAAUGACAUGACCAGCAAGAAACACCUCAAGUGUUAAUCAGCUACCUACAGUUAGUGCCAAUAUGAGGAGGUCUGGAAUUCUUCUUCUUCUUCUCCUUUAUUGCUUCUUCUCUUCCUCCUCCUCUGCCCCUUCCUCCUCUUCCGAUCUCUGCUUUUCUUUGUCAAUGUACAGCACAUGACCCUGAGGGAACGGUACUAUAACAAUAACCGUCUGGCCGUUUGCAUAGUUCAAGAGACACUUUGCUAAAAGCCUCUUUAUCAGACCGAGGUUACUCUCUGCUGUUGUAACUCCUGCAUUCUCCCCCUUAGCUAUUGAUGAGUUUAAAGGCCACAGGUAAGAAAAGAAAAUAAUUCUAUACAUUUUCUGAAAUAUAUUUGAUUAAAAUUACUCAAUGACUUUAUUUUACUCUAUGAAAAUCAAGUAAUGUCCCACAAUGCAAUUUAUGCAGUAUGCCAUUUGCACCAUAUAUUGUUUAUUAGAUGAAAUCACUAAAACACAGAGGUAGAAGCUUAGCAGUGGGACAGAAUAGCUCAGAUGCAAUCAGGCUAAUCUAUGUAGGCAACGCUGCUAAUUUACAGAAAAAGUCUGGCCCCAUUACUGAAGUAGUAGGGAUGAUAAGAAAUACCAAGAUAUACAACCUAUGUAAAUGUUCUGCUGUCAGUUAGGUUGAUAAUGAAUGUCCACUCUUAAUUUCCAGUCUUUGUAUAUUUAAUAAAGAUGUAUUUGUGGGAUGUACUGUUUUGGUACCGCAACAGAUGUUGUCAUAGUGAAAAGACCAUGAUAWGUUCACAAUGUAACAACGUCCUGUAGACAUAGAUUGAGUGUUCAUUGGAAUGACCUAAGAUUGUUAGAACAGUUCAAUGGACCUACUGUGUGACAUGACGGACAUACUUGCCUCUGCAAUUGAGUUGUAAUAUAUUGUUUUAAAGAUCAAACAUAUUUUCUUACUAUGUAUUUGGAGUCCUUUGUAUUGUACUARGUAGAGAAAGACUUCAUUUCUUGAACACCAGUAUUUCUUAUGGGACUGUACAAAUGGCGAUGUAAUGAUAUUAACCACAUGCAUUCCCAGGUGAAUGUUAUUCUAUCUGUAUGUGAUGUGCAAUAAUUUUUUUGCUCUUUAAGCCGUGCUGUGACAAGACAGACUGCAGAGUGUUAUAUUUUAUAUUACUUGAAGCCGCAUUACAUUAAAGACUUGUUUC